AAACAAAUAUAAAUAGAAUUCUCGCGCAUCAAAAGGGAAAAGAAAAGCGGCCAUUUCUCCGAUCAAAUCCACAUCGGAAUAACCACCGAAAAGCACAGGGUUCCUACUUCCUACCGUCCGGCCAGCCGCCAUCACGCCGUGGGUGGGAGGUGCCUGUCGCCGCUCCGGGCGCGGCCUCCCGCUGCUUUAGCGCGGGUUUUCGGGCAAAUUUUGGUCGCGCCAAAGGAGAACUAAUCUGUGUGUUUUUUCUUAAUAGUCUCCUCAUCCUGCCUCCGACAACGCCGGCUUCCUUGACUAAUCGGCGGGGGAAUUUCCGCGGCGUUUUGGCCGAUAGUUGUUCGUCUUCCCUCCGUUCCGUAUGGUGCUCGAAUCGAAAGAGAGCUCAUCCACCCCCUUCGUCGGUUUCUUGGUGGGUGGGUCUUGGUCUUCCGUUGGUUGUCUUGCCUGGCGCCCCGUCAACGCGAAGGCUUUGCGCUGCUCUGACCGGUGUUGUUGACUUGUUGGGCAUUGGCCCUCCUGCCAUGGGCGGCGUGUGCUCGGCAGGGAUCGCCGGGGACAGGUCGCCCGCGGAGCUCUCGUUCCGGGCCUUCUCCGGGUUCGUGGUGGAGCAGGAGUUCAAGGCCUUCUCGGCCGCCGGCAAGGCACAGGGCAAGAACAAGACCGCGCCGGUAGAGGAGACGGCCAGCUUCUCCGAGAAUGGCUCGCCCCCGUGCACCAGCCGAUCAAUCCCCAAGGAGUCGCACUUGACCCGUGCCUCGUCAGAGAAGCACAAGAAGGCCGGUGGGAAGCCCAGGCAAAGCACCUCCGGCAAGGUUUCAGACAGAGCUUCAGUGUUCGGCAGAGCGAGCACCUCGGCAGUGCAGGUCUUGGACACGCUGAGCAGCAGCAUGUCCAGCCUGAGUCCCGGAGGAGGCAGCGGGUUUGCGACCGGGGCGGCGGUGAAGGGGAACCGGGUGUCGAUCCUCGCCUUCGAGGUCGCCAACACGGUCGUCAAGGGCAUGAGCCUCAUGCAGUCCCUGUCCACGGAGAACCUCAAGCAUCUCAAGGAGACCGUGCUCCGGUCGGAAGGCGUGCAGCGCCUGGUCUCCGCCGACAUGGGUGAGCUUACGAGGAUCGCCGCGGCAGACAAAAGGCAAGAGCUGGGAGUGUUCUCGCGGGAGGUGGUCAGGUUUGGCAACCGUUGCAAGGAUCCCCAGUGGCACAACCUUGAUCGAUACUUCUGCAAGCUAGAAUCGGAGAUUGCACCCCAGCCGAACUUGAAAGAAACAGCCAAAGCAGAGAUGCAGCAGUUGAUGACACUUGUUCGGCACACGGCUGAUCUCUACCAUGAAUUGCAUGCACUCGAUAGGUUCGAGCAAGAUUAUCGCCGUAAAUUGGAGGAAGAGAAAAGAUCAAUUGUAUCUGAAAGAGGGGACACCAUUCAGAUCAUAAGACAAGAAUUGAAGAGCCAAAGGAAGUAUGUACAUAAUUUGAAGAAAAAAUCUCUUUGGAAUAAGAUACUCGAAGAUGUGAUGGAGAAGCUCGUAGAUAUUGUCCAUUACUUACACGUUGAGAUUCGAGAUGCUUUUGGGUAUUGUGAUGGAGCUGUACCAUUGAAUGGAUCUUCCGAGAGCCAUCAGACGUUAGGGUCGGCUGGCCUGUCGCUGCACUAUGCAAAUAUCGUUUCGCAGAUUGACAAUAUCGUUUCCCGAAGCUCUGUUCCUCCACAAAGUACACGAGACGCGCUCUAUCAAGGGUUACCUCCAAAUGUUAAGUCUGCUCUCCGAAUACGACUGCAAACUUGCUCAGAGUUUCAGGAGGUUCCGAUCACCCAAACCAGAUCCUCCAUGGAGAAAACACUGCAAUGGAUCGUCCCUGUCGCUAACAACACAACCAGAGCACACCAUGGAUUCGGAUGGGUCGGCGAGUGGGCAAACACAGGGAACGAUCUGAUGCGGAGGGCGGCCGUGCAACCGGAGGCGCUCAAGAUCGAGACGCUCCACCACGCGUCCAUGGCAAAGGCGGAGGCGUGCAUCCUGGACCUGGUGGUGUGGCUCCACCGGCUCAUCAGCUACAACAACGGCGGCUGCAGCCCUGGAGCCGGAGGCAGGUCGCCGAGCAGGAGGAGCGGCAGAUCCCCCACCCGCUCUCCGAGCCCGCCCAGCAAGACGGCCCUGCUCACCAGCGAGGACCGGGAGAUGCUUGCGGAGGUGUACAUGCGGCGGCGCCAAUGGCGGCCACCAGGGAAGAGCAAGAGCCAGGAGCUGUCGUCGUCGUCGUCGAAGCGGGCGGCGGAUGCGGCGCUGAACAAGGACGACAGGCUGAGCAAGAGCAGCAACCACUCCAUGUUCCCGCUGGCGAGGAGGCCCCGCGCUGCGGCUCCCGCCGUCGUUGGAUUCGACAUCGACGGCAUCGAGGCGCGGGGGCCGGGCGCGGUCCGUGGUAGAGCGGCGGCGGACGGCGUUAAAAAACAAUGGUGAAAUCACACGUCUCGCCGCCGUGAAUUGUAUUUUUGUUUUUUGGGAAGCGGAUUGUAUAUUGGUUUUUGGAACUGUUAAUUGUAGUACUAGCAUAGUAUAAUGUUUUGAAAACGAAUUACACUAGUAAUAUGCUUUUUGUUGAUGGCUUGUACUCCUACUUGAUAAACUUUCUAAAAUUUGACUAA